UUUGUGUUUGUCGUGUUUGUGAGUUUGUGUUUUGUUAUUACCGUGUUGCAAAAAAGUUGCGAAAAAGGAAAAAGCGUUGAAAGUUGAAAUUGAAAACAAUUGUUUGUGUGUGUGUUUUUGUUUUAUUGGCACUUUAAAAACAAUUGAAAAGUCCUAUAAAAAACUAUUGUAAUUACAAUCCAAUGAACGAAUGCACAAUCAUCAGUAAGUGAAAAAGAAUUCAUUGAUAGAAAUAUAAAUUUCAUAUCCCUAAAACGUCUACCCUUGUUCGGAACUAGAACCAAAUAUUGUUAUGGCGUUUAUAAUUCCGGACAAUAUAUUAGAGACAUUAAUUUGUACUUUUUGCCAUAAAUACUUAUCAGUAAAACCGAUAAUAGUUUAUCCAAAUAGAGAUGUUGAAUGUGGUCGAUGUGCAGCGACCGAGCAACAGAAAAGCCAUGGAGCAGGUGUUGAAUCCGUAUAUGGAAAAAUGGUUGACAAGUGGUUAUUUAAAUGUAUUAACAGAUUUGAUGGAUGUCGAGAAUUAUUAACAUGUUCUCAAGUUCCUGAUCAUGAAAAGGUAUGCUUGGAAAAAAAUCAUAAGUGUCCAAUUUGUCAUGAAGAAUUGAAGAGUUUUCUGAUGAUUCAACACUUUCAUUCCAAUCAUAAAGAUGCUAUAUUGGAUUGUCCUGCAUUUGUUUUCAACUUGAAUGAUCAUUUAGGAAUGCUUACUGUUUAUAUAUAUCAAGAAGAAGAUAAUUUAUUUUUUCUAUAUAUUAGCUAUAAUCAAUUAGAAAAUACAAUAGAAUUACAAUUGGUUUAUAUGGGAAGUGAGAAAAUAGCUUCAAAUAUAUACCACCAGUUUACUGUAUAUAGCGAAAACAAAGAAUUUGAUAUUAACUGUAGCGCAAAAUCUUCGUGUAUUAAUGAGUUUUCCCUUGUGGAUGUAUCGAAUAUGUCACGUUUAAUAUUUGUUAAAUUUAAGAUAGCGUAUCAAAAUUUACAGUUUUGCGCUAUAACUGACAAUGUGAACUCAUCGUCAUCCAGCAUCAAUCAUUCUUUCGAAAAAUUGAAACUCGGUCAGGGGGAAACGAACCAAACAAACAAAAUUAUCGAAUUUCCAUCAGGAUAUAAUUUACAAUGUUUUAAUUGUAAAGAAAUCUGCAUCUAUUCCUUUUAUGCCUCGAAGACCGUAGAUUAUUAUUACAGUCCUAUGCAUAACAAUAUUCUUUGUUUUUAUUGCUUUCAGUGGUUAAACCAUAAAAAUAAAAUUAAAGAAUAUCAUUUUUACGUGAAACAUACGACUCCAUCAAAUUUUCGGUCACGUUUUUGCAAAUGGAAUUGUGGAAGACAUUUCGUGUAUUCAGAAAUAGUAUUACAUGAAAUAUACUGUAAAAAGAGAAUUCAGUAUUAUAAUUGUCCUGUCCAAAAUUGCCAAAUUCAAAAUUCUGCCUUACCACUAUCAGAUCAUUUGUUAAUAGAUCAUGAUUGUAAUAGUGUUACAGAUCAUUUGUUAAUAGAAGCUUCUUUCUUUCCAAUCUUUGAGCUACCAGAAGAAUGUUUCGUCUUCGUAGAAGAUCAGAUUAUAUACUUUCAGCUAACGGCUCAAGAUGAGUAUAACAUGGAAUGCAAAAUAGUAACAAACGAUGAUAAAAUACAAUUACAAUGGAAACCACAUGUGCUCUUUUUUAAUAAUAACACACUUUCAACACUAGCAAAUCUCUGUAUUAAUGAUAAAAACAUUGAUUGUAUAGCAAAGAUUGUUUUAGUAAAAAAUGAAUAACGAAAUAGGUAAUCAUUGUAUGUGCCUAUAUCAUAUUUAGUGCAGUCACUGAAGGUGAAUAUGAGCUAUUACCUCCGAUUUCGUUGAACCUCCAUCGAUUUGCACGAAAAUUGGUGAGUGGUUAGAGGAUAUCUCAAGGAACAAAGGUGACAUGGUGCCAACUUGCGCUUUUGCCCUGGGGGUGGAUGCCACCCCUCCUGGGGGGUGAAAAUUAUUUUAUAAAAAAUAACCCCACAAUUCGAUAGAGCGACAAAUUAUAAGCAAAAUUUGUUAUAUAAAGUUAUUAAAAUAAAUCAAGACUUUUUGAGUUAUUAAAGAUCAAAGAUUUUAAUUUUUCGUAAGAAAAAUGCAUGUUUUUAACCGAUUUUUCAUAAAUAACUCAAAAACUAUAAGUUUUUUACAAAAAAGUUAUUGUCAAAAUUGAGGCUAAUAAAAAAUCAAAUAAAUUCCUUACUAGAAAAACCUUUCAAUGUUAACUGAAACUGAGUUAUAGGUAAUUGAAUGUAUAUUUCUUUCGUCGAGUACCCAGAUCUAAGUAUUCAAGCUUAAAUACCGGGAAAAUGAUGCAUUUUAUAACAUAAACUUAUUAACCAUUUGUCAAAGCUCAUUGAAAUAUCUAUCAAAUAAGUGCUCAAACAAGUUGAUAGCAUUAAAGUUUAUGCACCAAAAAUGUUUCAAAAUGUAUCUUUUAAAAAAUUUUCUAAAAAAUGUUAUUGUUUUUUUGUAAAUAACUCCGUUAAAUUUUAAAGUAGCAAGUUCAUCUAAUAACUGGUUAAAAUUUUAUUCCAAGAGCUAUUAAAAAACGUCAAAAUAGUCAUUUAUACCUCUUACUUUUUUAAAAAUAAAAGGUUAACUGGCCCCGGUUACAUGGUUCUCGCAGCAAAAUUGAAAUUUUAAACGUUUCUAUCUCUGUUAUUUUUUACUCUACGAAAAUAGUAAAAUGGGUAAAGUAUUUGUUACAGAAAAAACUAAAAUUUAGUUAUUUAUCAUUUUUUACGUAUAUUGAGUAUUUUUGGAGUUAUUAUCAAAAGAAAAUGAAAAGUACGAUAAUUCUAAAAAUUCUGAUUUUUUUAAAUUACUUAUACCUUUUUUUCAAAAAUAUGCAUUCUAAACCGGUCAAAUUUGUUGAAAUAAUUAACUAUGAUAACAUAAAGAAAUUCUUGUGAGGAUUACUACAAAUUUUAAUUUUUGCGGAAAUGGCGUAUGUUUAGUUUUUAACUUUUUCCUAAAAAAAUCGAAAGGGUUCUCUUAUUUUUAUCAUAACUUGCUUAAUUUUGAUGCCAUUAACUUCUACUGAAGCUCAUUUGAUAGGUAUUCCGAAGUACUUUGACAAGUGCUUAACAAGUAUAUUCUAUAAAAUGCAUCGUUUUCCCGUUAUGUAAGUUUGAAUACUUAGAUUUGAGUACUCGUCGAAAAAAAUAUACAUUCAAUUACCCAUAACUCACUUUAAAAUAACAUUAGUUUAGUUCUUUAAGUAGGGAGUGUAUUAAAUUUUUUAUUAUCUUUAAUUUUGGUAAUAAUAGCUUUUUUACAAAAGCUAAUAGUUUUUGAGUAAUAUGUGAAAAACAGCUUUAAAACAUGCAUUUUUUUAAGAAAAAAUAAAAUCUUUGAUAUUUAAUAACUCAAAAAGUAUUGAUUUAUGUUAAUAACUUUAUAUAACAAAUUUUGCUUAGAAAUUGCCCCGCUAUCGAUUUCUGGUAUUAUUUUUAAUAAAAAAAUUUCGCCCCCGAGAAGGGGUGGCAACCAGCCCCAGGGUAAAAGCGCAAGUUAACAUCAUGUUACCUUUGUUCCUUGAAGUAUCUUCUAACUACUUACCACUUUUCAUGAAAAUCGAUGAAGGUUCAACGAAAUCGGAAGUGAAAACCUUCAGUGACUCCACUCCACUAAUUACAAUUUCUCAAAAUAAUCCUGUUAUUCAAAGUAAAAAGUGUAUAAAAGAAAUAAUAAAAACAAAAUAUUUAUUGUAUUAGAAAUUUAUUAUUGCUUAUAAAUAAAAAAAACUUAUUUUUU